GUUCAAUGUAAUGCACUGUGAAAUAUAUAUAGUAUUCCCCAAAGCUAUCAUUUUUUAUACUUUACUAAAUUCGCUGCCAUUCACUACCGCCGUCUACUCCGCCUCUGAGAAGAAUGGCUUCUGAUGGAUUCCGGCCCCUGGACGAAAAAUCGGUGGCGGAGUACAUAAAAUCGACUCCGUCUCUGACUUCAAUACUAGUGGGAAAUGAACCACAUCAGCUCGAUAAACUGGAAAUUAGAGAAGUCGGUGAUGGAAAUCUCAACUUUGUUUAUGUUGUUAUCGGUCCUUCUGGUUCUCUUGUCAUCAAACAGGCCAUCCCAUAUGUAAGAUGUAUUGGCGAGUCCUGGCCAAUGUCAAAGGAGCGUGCUUAUUUUGAGGUGACAACUUUAAAAGAGCAUGGACGCUUAUGCCCUGAACAUACUCCUGAAGUUUACCAUUUUGACCGAACCAUGUGUUUAAUUGGCAUGCGCUACAUUGAACCGCCUCAUAUAAUCUUAAGGAAAGGACUGAUUGCAGGGAUUGAGUAUCCAUUGCUUGCUGAGCAUAUAUCAGACUACAUGUCUAAGACACUUUUUUUCACUUCCUUGAUUUAUCUUACAACUACCGACCACAAACGUGCAGUUGCAGAAUUUUGUGGAAAUGUGGAAAUGUGUAGACUCACAGAACAGGUGAUCUUCUCUGAUCCAUACAAAGUUUCCCAAUAUAACCGCUGGACAACUCCUUAUCUAGAUGCUGAUGCAGAGGCAGUGCGAAAUGAUAAUAUUUUGAAGCUUGAAAUUGCAGAGCUGAAGUCAAAGUUUUGUGAAAGAACACAAGCUCUUAUACACGGCGAUUUCCAUACAGGUUCUGUCAUGGUUACUCCCGAGUCAACUCAAGUCAUUGAUCCUGAAUUUUCAUUUUAUGCCCCAAUGGGAUUUGAUAUUGGAGCAUUUAUUGGGAACUUAGUUUUGGCUUACUAUGCUCAAGAUGGACAUGCAAAUCAGGGUAAUGACCGCCAGUUAUAUAAAGAAUGGAUUUUGAAGACAAUAGCAGAUACUUGGAGCCUCUUCCACAAAAAGUUCAUUGCUUUAUGGGAUGAACAGAAGGAUGGGCCCGGUGAGGUGUAUCUUUCUGAUAUAUAUAACAAUUCUGAGGUUCAGAAUCUGGUUAGAGAGAAGUAUAUGAAAGAUGUAUUUCAUGACACCCUUGGAUUCGGCGCUGCCAAGAUGAUAAGGAGAAUUGUUGGUGUAGCUCAUGUUGAGGAUUUUGAAUCAAUUUCCGAUAUUGGGAAACGAGCUAAAUGUGAAAGGCAAGCUCUGAACUUUGCAAAAUUGCUUUUGAAAGAACGACGCAAUUUCGAGAGCAUUGAAGCAGUUGUUUCCACCAUUAAACAUCAUAACACUUGGUGAAGUUAUGAUAAAGAGGCUGUUGCUCUGUGACACUUGUAAUUUCUCGCGGUUGAGCGUCUUUAAACACAAAAUAACAGCAGUGAUCGUCGAUUAACCGAUUAACCGUGCAUUGUUAAUUGUUUUGAAAAAAGUGAAUUUCCUAUUCUCUUUUGCAUGCAUACAAUAUUGUAACAGGUCUCACCUUUGUACAAAUUGUACUACAAUUUACAUUGUGGAGGGCAGUUCACAUCAGGAGUUCCUGAUGAGAACCCCCGUGCGGACAAGACCAUCAGAGGGUCUUCCCGGUGGAAUUUUUUGAUGAAAUUUUUUUAGCAUGUUCCUCAUCAAGUCUAGUUUGUCCAUACCAAAUUUCAGAUCAAAAUUCCAUCGGGAAGGCAGUCAAAUAAAUCCUGGAAAAACAUGGUGCAUUCUGCGCACAUAUAAUGUGCAGUAUGUUUCCAGGAUUUAUUUGACUGCCUUCCCGAUGGAAUUUUGAGCUGAAAUUUGGUAUGGACAAACUAGACUUGAUGAGGAACAUGUUCAAAAAAUUUCAUCAAAAAAUUCCAUCGGGAAGACCCUCUGAUGGGCUUGUCCGCACGGGCCUGCUCUUCAGGAACUCCUGAUAGGAACGGGACUCUUACAUUGUGCCAAUAUAUAGCUUGCCUUGAUGAAUGCAUGCGUUAAUUAGCUAUCUUUCAUAAUUCUAAUUAAGAACAUGAGUACUGUUAAGGUUUGUUUGGAGGAGGGGAGAUUUUAGAGAUGUUCCGUAGGAGAAGUGGAUGGUUAGUCUAUAUCAUGAUAUCUCGUGUACAUUUGAGGUUUAAAAAUAUUCAAAAAUAUGGUACUAUGUGAACUUGUAACUUUGAAGUCG